AUGUCUCGUCGAACACGCCGCCACGCAUGUCAGUUUUGUGGCAAGGACUUCCCCACCCCGCAAGGAGUACUUUCCCAUAUCAGCCAGUCCUCUGCAUGUCGAUCAGCGCGAAGUCAGAAAGUCAAUCAACGCAUACAAGAGCUUCUCCAUGGCGUACCUCAACAACCUCCACCCUUGGACUUCGCCACUGCACCUGCAAACUUCGACGUUGACUCAUUCACAUCCCCCGGAACCCCCUCGGCAGGGCCGGACGACAGGCACCAGUGCGGUGUCGGCGAAGCUGACCAGCCCUCUCCACGACCACAUCCCGGCCGGGUGACUGUCGAAGAGGUUGAAGAUGAAGAAGCUGGUGGACUCCCUAAACGCUUAUGGCGUGGGGAGUAUCCGGCAUCAGCUCGCGCCGGAGAACGACUUCAACGAGCACGUACCACGUUUGAGGAGCUUCUUGCUCAGAAGCGCGACAGCAAGACGCCAAUUGUCUCGCCAUUUGCAUCCGAAGAGGAGUGGGACUUGGUGAAGUGGCUCUUCACAAGCGGACUGAGCCAGAGGGCUAUUGAAGAGUAUCUGUCGUUGCCAUUAGUUCAUCGCACAGCGGAUCUGUCGUUUCGGAACAAGUACGAGCUGUUGAAGAAGCUGGAUCAACUUCCUGGGGGCGCAGCGGAGUGGAUCUGUAACGAGUGGGAGCUGGUUGGCGAUGAGAAGGACGAUAACGGCAAUCUGAAGACGGAAAACGUGGAGUUAUGGCGCCGCGACCCAGUGGAGAUUGUCCGUGAACUCUUGGGUAACCCUGUGUUCGACGGAGUCGUGAGGUUUGCUCCUGAGCGGCUUGUCGCAUCCAAGGAUGGUUCGGAGAUCGUCAUCGAGGAGAUGUGGACGGCAGACUGGUGGUGGGAAACACAGGGGAUCCUCCCGGCCGGAGCCACCAUCGCCCCAGUCAUUCUCUCAUCGGACAAGACCCAGCUUUCGCGUUUUUCAGGGGACAAGCAAGCGUGGCCUAUCCUGGAACCGUUGAAGGCCGCAGCAAAGGACGGCGUUGAGAUGGUCUGCGCAGACGGGUUCAUCCGGCGAGUCCAUCCCAUCAUAGCUGCGUACGUCGCCGACCACCCAGAACAGUGUCUCGUGUCUUGCUGCAAGGAGAACUGUUGCCCCAAGUGCACCGUCCACUCGAACUCGCGCGGCGACCCCAUCCACAGCAUGAUGAAGGACCCAGAAUCAGUAUGUGAAGUUAUCGACGAGCAAGACCAAGGCCUCAAACCUUCUGAGUUCGAAAAGCUAGGCCUGAAACUCAUCGAUCCCUUCUGGCGGGAUCACCCUCACUGCGACAUCUUCUCCUGCUUCACACCCGAUAUCCUGCAUCAGCUACACAAGGGUGUAUUCAAGGACCAUACCGUGUCGUGGGUGACAGACGCUUUUGAUGGUGGGGCGGACGAGCUAGACAGGCGAUUCAAGGCGAUGCCAUCUCACCCCAGUCUUCGUCACUUCAAGAAGGGGAUCUCGUUGGUAUCGCAGUGGACGGGGACGGAGUACAAGGGCAUGGAGCGUGUCUUCCUCGGCGCUCUCACAGGCGCGGCUAAACCGGAUGUUGUGCGCGCUGUGCGCGCAGUUCUCGACUUCAUCUACUACGCUCACUUCGAGGCUCACACUAGUCGCUCCCUCGCCCGCCUCGAGUCCGUGUGGCGUGCUUUCCAUGCCCACAAACACAUCUUCACCUCCCUCGGCAUCCGCAACCAUUACAACAUCCCCAAAAUCCACGCCGCCCUCCACUACCCAGUCUCCAUCCGCCAACUUGGUUCGGCAGACGGCUUCAACACGGAAGCCUCGGAGCGUCUACACAUCGACUGCACCAAAGACGCCUACAACGCGUCGAACAAGCGGGCGUACAUCAAGCAAAUGACAACGUGGUUGAACCGCCAGGAGAGAAUCGCGCGUUUUCAGCACUUCCUCGACUGGGCCAAGCAAGCCGAUCUCCCCGGCAAGGAUUCAGACGCGGACACGGCAGGGGUGGCAGCGAGCAGCGAGGACGCGGACGGCGACAUUGAGAUGAAAGACGCGGGUGAUUCAGACGGUACGUUUCCCCCCUACCUUGUGGCGAAAAAGCCUCCCCUUCCUGCCGUCCCCAUCCGCGAACUGGUCCAACGCUUUGGUUGCACCGACUUCGUGCGCAACCUGGAAGACCACCUCAAGACCGUAUUUCUCUCUCGCCCCCGCACAGUCCUCAUCUCUGGGAGUCAGACGUUCCCGGUGUAUCACCGAAUGUCUCUGUACCUCCCCGCAAUGCGCCAGGUCUCCCCGGUUCCCGUCAAGGAUGUUGUUCGAGCCACACCAUACAAGCCUGCUCGACCUCUCCAUCCCGCGGUUCCCGCUCACUUUGACACCGUUCUCGCAUGGGAGCCAGGCUUGCGUGUUGCUCGUGUGCGAGCGAUCUUCUGCAUGCCCGCGUCUUUCGGCACACGCUUCAAGCACCCACUCGCCUACGUCGAGUGGUUCACUCCGUUCCGUGCUGAGCCCGACCCAGUUAAUGGUAUGUUCCAGGUAUCUGUCUCUAAAAAUCAUCAUCGUCGCCGCUCUUCCAUCAUUCCUGUUACCUCCAUUGUUCGAAGUUGUCAUCUUAUACCUGUGUGGGGGCGGGAGGUUGAUCGGACAUGGACGACAGAUAACGUACUAGAUAGAUGCAAGAAGUUCUUCUUGAAUCCUUACCUUCGUCAUCACGACUUUGUACUACUCCGUUAUUUACGUGAUGAUACAUGA